UUGAUUUCAUGAGGUAACAAAUAUUUGAAAUAUUGAUUAAACCUUUUUAUAAAUCAAAUUAAUUAAAUUACAAAAAUCAAUUAUCAUUUAGUACUUAAAUUAAGUAAAUGGAAGACAUAUAGCUCAGAUAAUACUCAAUAAAAUCACAAUCAAGUUAAGCUUAGGCUAAGUCAAUCACUAAAAGUGGAUUCACUGUUAUUACAGAUAUGCAAAAGAAAGAUGGUGGAAAUGAAACAGGACCUUCUCCCGUUGAAUUGUUGCUGUCUGCAUUAGUAGGCUGUUAAAAUAUAGUAUCUAGAAUGAUAGCUAAAAAUCUUGGAUUCAAUAUUAACGAAAUUUCUUUUGACAUCGUCGCUGAAAGAGACCAUAGAGGUAUUUGUUCUCAACCUAUGAUUGAAGAUGCCCCAGUCUCUUCUGGCUUGUUUAGAAUCUAUGGUACUGCAAUUGUUGACACAGAUGGAACUUAAGAGUAACUUACGCAAGUGAAUGAAAUAGUUAAAAAAAGAUCUCCUGUAGCCAGAAUGAUUGUUGACUCAGGAUGUAAGAUAGAAAUAGAAUGGAAAAAAUAAGAAUGAAACAGAGAGAAAUAAAGUGAUUUUGAAAAGCAUUUUUAUCUGUUUUGUAAUGGCAGAAUAAUGAGUAAAUAAAUAUCUAAUAUGUGUUCAAAAAUGGUUCUAGAAUUAUUUAUUUAUUUCUAUUGUUUGAUCACUAAUUUUAUGAGAAACAAAUAUAUUGGGU